UAGAUUCUUCCUAUGCCAAAGAGCGUGGGAGGAGAGGAAUCCACUCCCGAAGAUUCCUCGUCCCCUCCCGCUCCGGCCGGCAGCGGCCACCAACAACACAAGACAAGAUCCCCCUCCCCUCCCCUCCAGCCGCCGCCACUGUACCACUAGCAGUAGCAGUGAGCAAAGAUUUGAUUUUUGCUUCUCGCCGGCCAUAGACCAAAACAAGAAGAGGAAUAAGAUAGGGCGAUGGGGAUCCCGAGCCCGAGCGACGAGGUGGUCCAAAUCCGGCACGGGGACGCGGCGGGGGACCCGACCGUGGUCACCGUGAGCUGCCCCGACAAGACCGGCCUGGGCUGCGACCUCUGCCGCCUCGUCCUCCUCUUCGGCCUCAACGUCCUCAAGGGCGACAUGAGCACCGACGGCCGCUGGUGCUACAUCGUGCUCUGGCUCGCCGCCUCGCCGCCGCCCCGGGCCCGUACCGUCGCCUGGGACCUCCUCAAGGACCGCAUCGUCCAGCUCUGCCCCGUCCCCGCGCCCUUCGGCGUAGACACCGCAUACCUCGCCGCCGCAGGCCUCGCGCUUGCCGACGGGGAGCCCCAGGUCUUCCUGCUCAAGUUCUGCUGCUACGACCGGAUAGGCCUCCUCCACGACGUGACAUGCGUGCUGUGUGAGAUGGAGCUCACAAUUAGGAGGGUCAAGGUCUCCACCACGCCCGACGGCAGAGUCAUGGACCUUUUCUUCAUCACCGAUGCUAGGGAACUUCUACACACAAAGAGCAGGAGGGAAGAGGCCUAUGAAAAGUUGCAGAGCGUCUUAGGCGACUCGGUGACGAGUUGCGAAAUAGAAUCAGCGACACAAGACAUGUCUUCUUGCCUCCAAGCAUCCGCGUUGUUGCCGCCUCUUGUCCUUGAACAAAUGUUCAGCGAGGUGGAUGUCGUAGAUGAGCAAUCGAACCGCUCACGGUCCGACAGUAGACUGUCGGUCACGAUGGACAACUCCCUCAGCCCUGUGCACACCCUGAUUCAGAUCCAGUGCGGUGACCACAAGGGCCUCCUGUACGACAUCAUGAGAACGGUCAAGGACUGCAACAUCCAGGUCUCGUAUGGCCGGUUCUACGCGGGCCAGAAGGGCCGGUGCGAGGUGGAUCUGUUCGCUGUGCAGUCGGACGGGAAGAAGAUCCUCGACCAGCAGAAGCAGAGGACGAUGUGCUCUCGACUGAGGACGGAGCUGCUGCGGCCACUCCGCGUGGCGCUGGUGAACCGGGGUCCCGACGCGGAGCUGCUGGUGGCGAACCCGGUGGAGGUGUCUGGCAAGGGCAGGCCGCUGGUGUUCUACGAUAUCACGCUCGCGCUCAAGAACCUCCAUAGACGGGUCUUCUUGGCCGAGAUCGGGCGGCACAUGGUGAACGAUCGGGAGUGGGAGGUGUACAGGGUGCACCUGGGCGAGGACGACCACGAGCUCUCGUGCUCGGUGCGGAGCAAGAUCGUCGACAGCGUCACCAACAUGCUCAUGGGCUGGGACUGACUUACUGGUCAUUGUCUUGCAAAAGACAGAGACCGGUUUAAUUUGUUUGUUUUGUGUAAUGUAGGUGCCAUCGACUCAGUUGUACAUAGGCAGGGAUGUUGAUGGCUGCUGCUGCUUCUGUUUGUAAAUUAAAGUGGUUUCAGGUUGUUUUUCACUGCCUAGUUAGGUCAUGCUGCAUCAGUCUGAAAUACUACGAUUGCCUAGUUAAGUGUUGUUGUUAGGCAAUGAUGGUGCAUAGACCUGUGUUCUUGGGUCUCAAGCAUGUAGUCUAUCUUUGCCCAGCUAAGCUGGUGUACUAGGAUUAGCUAGUGAUUACCACAAUAGGGCAAUGCUUGCUGAUUUUAUUAUUUUUA